GCAAGGGAGAAGUAUGAAUCAGAGUGCUUAAAGCUACCAGGAUUAUUUGAAUCUAAGAAAACAGCCGUAGGAAAAGAAUUGGAAAAGUUAAAUUCAAAAAUUGAAAGAACUCAGUUGGCAGCAAAAGCUGCUGAUCAAGAAUAUAUACAAAUGGUUAAGAUCGCUGCUGAUGCAACCCAGAGGUGGAACGAAGAUUGGAGAUUAGCCUGUGAAAAAUUCCAAUAUUUAGAGGAAGACCGAAUCGAUUUUUUGAAAAAAGAGUUGUGGAACUAUGCGAACCUCAUAUCAUCUAUUUGUGUGGUUGAUGAUGAGUCUUGUGAACGAAUUAGAUUGAGUUUGGAAAAUUGUAACGCUGAUAAAGAUAUUCAAACUUUUAUUAAAGAGCGCGCCACGGGACCGGAAAUACCAGAACCACCAAGCUACGUGAAUUUUUAUGCCGGUUCAGGUGAAAAUGGAACUCGUUAUCGAAGAGCAUCCUAUGAAAGAACUUCUAUAGAACGUAAAAAUAAUGUAUUACCUCCAGGCACUGACCAACCUAUGGGAAAUUCCCAACCCGUGCAAAACUCCAAUUAUAACUUAAUAUCAACAGCUAAUUCAAGUCAGCCUCCGCAGGAGAGUGGUAUGAAUUAUAAAAGCCUAUACAACUUUCUUCCUUUUGAAAAAAGCAAUAGGGCUUCUUUGUAUGCAAAUACUUCAUCUGCGUCACCACAUGGCACAAUUAAAAAUUCUGCACUUCCACGAACUCCCAUUGAGGAAGUAGAAGAACCUGAUCCUAUCGAUCCAAGACAACAAACAAUACUUGCAGUUGGCAGCAAUCUACUUGAAGUACAAGCCAUUAAUGAAAAUUCAAAUAACGUAUCAAAUAUUUUAAAUGAACGGUCUGUUGAAAAGGCUUUGAAUGAUAUACAAAAUAAAGAAAAGGUAGAUGAAUAUGGAAAG